AUGGCGUUGCGAUUCCUCGUGGUCGUGCUUUGUGCUACCGUCAGUGCCGCAGUGCGUUCAGAUCAGACCCAAAAUCUGCAGCUGCAGGUGGAGGUCUUGAAAGCAGAGAUGGCGCAGAUGAAAAAUCGACUUGAUGCCCUGGAGACCGAGAAUGCUGAGGCCAGACCUAAGACAUGCUGCACUUACUGGGACAACGGCAACAGCGCUGCCAGCAAUCUCAAGUACUGCAAGACUGAUGUGAAAGUGUGCAGCGAUCUCGGAGGAGACAAGAAGCUGCGUGAAUUUUCAACUAAUGGGUACGCGCUGGCAGACUGCCCUUCCAGUAACAUUUGUGCAGCCAUCAAUUGA